CGCGUACUUUCCACCGUGACUCAUCCAGGUAAACGUAGCAAAGUCAGAUAGUCAGAGAAAGAAACGUUCUAUACAACGCUACACCUGUUGCGUGGGUUACACCUAUCCACUAGCACUAAUAUGUGAUCAUCGAAUUGUGCGAAAGGCGCUUUCUUCAUAGCGAAACAUCACGAAAUUUCAUACAUCACGAUCGAAAUAUGUUGUGUACGUACCUGUUUGUCGUUUUGCUGUAUCCUUUGGUGAAAAGUGACGGUUUAAGUGCGAGUUUGAGUGUCAAGUGCGGCGUCAGGAACUGCUCCCUUGAUCAGUACUGCUCAGACUUCGGGACGACGUGCGAAUCCUGCGCAGUAAUUUGCGACCCUACAGGGAUCAAUUUCAGUAAAAGUACAUGCGAAAAGUCCUGUCAAACCUAUCUUCACGACAUCAGAUACGUCAGCAAAAAUGGGGGAGGAUCAUCAGGAAGCAACGACCUCAAAAGUCGUGUGGAUAAAUUAUCCCAAUUGGUCUCCGUUAGUUUAUCCCUGACAAUUCUAAUGCUGUUAGUCUUGAUAUGCUUCUUGUGUUUCCAAUUUUACAGAUGGAAGGACAAAAAGAACAUCACGUUAGCUUCGUUGAAGCAAAAAAUCUUUGGAAAAAGAACUGAUGAAUCACAAAGGCCGAACAACGUUUCGGAACUGGAUGUGAGAAAAGGAGAUCUGAAGUUAGAUAUGCCAUCGUCGAAUAUGUCUCAUUCUGAGCACAGUCCUGUGACAGUUACGACGUCAAUCAGUAGACGUCCGGCAGAAGAUAGUACUUUGGACUAUGCUUACGAUAAUCCAGCUUUAACAGCUUCACGGUAGAUUUCGGUAUUUUGUUGCUCGGUACAAAAUAUGCUCCGAAAUUUGUUAUGAACUAAUUUUUUGGUGGAUCAAUUUGAUAUGAAUCAAUUCUGAUGAGUAGCUUUAUCGAAUCGAAGCGAAUCAAAUUCGUUUUUAAAAUCCGAAUCUGAAAAUUAUUUAAUAGAAUCCUUACCUGAUUUAUUUUAAAUAAUACAUACCUACUAGUUAUUAUUUAAAAAAAUUCAAACAUGCUUUUAAGCUGAAUUAUUUUUAGUAUGAUAAAUCGUAUUUUUAUAAGAAUAUUGAAAUAUUCACCGUGACACGAAAAUAUGUAACACAAUCGUGGAUUUAUUAUUAAUUCCAUUGGCAUAGUUACUUAAAUAUUUUAUAGCAAAGUGGUAAUUAUUUGCUUCAAUUAAUUUAUAUCUUUAACUCAUAAAAUUUUUAAAUAAGUGUACUUAAUUUUAUUUUUCGUAUAGUAUAUUAGCGAUAUACGAGUAAUCAUGCAGUUUGUACAUAAUAAAUUAAACAUAUCUACUGAACGGCUCAAGGAAAAAAUCGUAUUUAAAUUACUUAAAGUGUAGGUAAAUGUGGCAAAUGGCAAAUCGUACUUUAAUAUUUAGUUUUAAAUAAAUAGCAAUAAUAUGCAAUAAUAUAAGGAAUCUUAAUAAUCCAAUAAAGUUUUAAAAGUAUUUUAAAUAUAUUUAUGUAGUAUAAAAAAUCCAAUUCUUCCAAAUUGUAAGUAGACCCUGAAAUUUUGAAUAAUUAUUAAUGUUAUCUACUAACAAACAUGUACUAGUUUUAGGAUUAUUUCAAUAUUUAUUUAAAUUUUCUGCAAAUGAAUAUUAUUCAUGAUAGA